AAAGAAAAAGGAGUUGCUAAUUUUGAUUUUGAUUUUACUAUUUUGAAUGCGAAUUUCUUGUACGUGCGCCUUGAUAAAGAUAAUGUUUCUCUUUCCAAUCCCGCCGAGAGAGGAGAGGUACAGGGGGGUAAAUCUCCCUCCUCCCUAAACUGUGUUUAAAAAUAUUGGCGACGGGUAACACUCGUUUCUUGAACUUAGUCGUAAAGGAAGUUUUUGACCUUUAGCGCUUCGCCUCUACACCAACAUACCACACAAAGAAGGCGUAACCACUUUGUGUCUAGUGCAGUUCUGGCCCCGUCCCCCCUCUCUCUUUAUGUCACGCAACGCCGGAGAGAGAGGGUCCUCCCCCACAUCCCUUAUCAUCACGCAAGAGAAGUCAAAAUCUUCGUUAGGAAAAAUUUCUCUCAGCAAAUAAUUGUAAAGACGCUUAAAAAUAGUUUGUCAGUUGUUUUUAAAACAUUAACUUUGUGCUCGUAUAAUUUUUGACAAGGUGCCGUGUUCGAAUCCUGCUCAGUACCCUUUCUUUUUUCCUUCUGUCUUUCUCUUUUUUGUUUCCUUUUCGUUUUUGUUUUGUUUGCUUAUUUGUUUUAUUGUUGAUGUUUUUAAAAUAUAUACCUUCUAGAGAAAAGAUAGUAUUUUUAUGGAUAAAUAAUCUGAAUUUCUAUCGUUUCCUACCAUUUUCAUUCCUGUUUUAUUGCAAUAUAUUCUACAAAACUAAAACAGUAGCCACUUGCAGUCACAGACUGCCUUUUAUUUUAUAGGCCAAGUUUUGACCGUUGAUCUUUGCCUUCGGCACGCGAGGCUUGUUUUGAACUUAGUACAUCUUGUCAAAGUUGUUGUCACAUAAACAGUUGUCUUUUGUUGGUCAGUGUAACCGCAUGACACUUAAAAUGAAAAAGGUUUUGAAAUGUGUACACGUCCACACUUUAUUAAAGGGAGAUGGGUAGUUUUAAGUAUUGUUUUGUAUUUUGUUGAAGGAUUAUAAAGGAAACCCCAAACCUGAGCAUGAAUGGCCAUCAGAGAACUCCUGGAAAAGGCAGGUUAGUCAUGACUCAACUAUUUUUGUGAAAGUUUAUUUAUUAAAUAUUUAGUAAGACUUUCAGUGUUUGUGUGAACAGUUCUAUUUUUCUGUCCGUCAGAGAUAGUCAAAUACGCUCAGGGGCCUUCAUUUGUAAGUCUCCAUUACGGAGGAUUUCCGAGUUGGUGA